GGGCGGAGGAGAGCUGGGGGUCGGUGGAAACCCUAAAUCUUCGUCGCGGCCACAAGAGAACAUACACAUACAGUAUUUGGUUUUAUGCUGAUUCUUCUCUAAGAUAUAAAAGGUGUUGUCGAACAAGGGGUUAAUCAGAAUUCUGGAUUUUGUUCCUUAGAUGACUUGGGACAUCAUUGUUGUUAAUGACUGAAGUAAGGCAAAAAAGCUGAAAUGGUGUUUUAAAAAUUGGUGAGAUCAUGGGCAGCAAUGUACUACUAGUAUGGGGGGACCUCUCUUACGGCAUACAAAUUUGGUUUCUUUUCUCUUUUCUGGAAGGAAAGCAUUGGUGGUUCUUUUUGGACUUAUGGAGAUGUCUAUCGAUGUGUGGUUUUGUGGUGGACAGGGAGGAAGGUGUUGUUGGUGGUGGCAGUGGUGGUAGUGGUGGUGGUUUUUGUUGUGCUGGUGUAGAUCGACGGCAACCAUUGGCGUUGAAGAAACAGGUCUGAAGAUGAGCGAAACCAGCCGUAGCCCUCCUAGGGAUCGCAAGAUCCGGACUGAACGGGUGUCACAUCGUGAUGCACCAUAUAGGAGGGAUUUCCGCCGUGGCUCAAGGAAUGCUGAUUUGUGCAAGAACUGCAAACGACCUGGGCACUAUGCAAGAGAAUGCCCAAAUGUGGCUGUCUGCAAUAACUGUGGUCUUCCAGGGCAUAUUGCAGCUGAGUGCACUACAAUGGCAUUAUGCUGGAACUGCAAAGAACCUGGACAUGUGGCAAGCAACUGCCCAAACGAGGGCAUCUGCCACACCUGCGGCAAGGCUGGCCACCUUGCAAGGGACUGCUCAGCUCCUCAUCUCCCUCCUGGUGACCUAAGACUCUGUAAUAAUUGCUACAAGCAGGGGCAUAUCGCUGCAGACUGCACAAACGAGAAAGCAUGCAACAACUGCAGGAAGACUGGUCACCUAGCUCGUGACUGUCAAAACGAGCCUGUGUGUAAUCUUUGCAACGUCGCAGGGCACGUGGCCAGGCAGUGUCCAAAGGCAGGAAUGCUCGGUGAAAGGGGUGGCAGCGUGUUUCGUGGUGGAUUCCAGGAUGUCAUCUGCCGAAGCUGUAACCAGAUUGGCCAUAUGAGCAGGGAUUGCAUGGGUCCCCUGAUGAUCUGCCACAACUGUGGUGGGAGGGGUCAUAUGGCAUAUGAGUGCCCAUCAGGAAGAUUCUUGGACCGUGGGUUUCGAAGGUUUUGAGUAACAGACAGCGAGGCUGCCAAGACGUGUUUUGCAUCAGCUUUUAAACUAUAGCUAAUAGUAACUUGUUUGAUUUGAUGGAGAUUAGUUGAUUGGAGUUUCUUAGGUGGUAGAUUAUUUUGGCUUAGAACCCUAUGAGAUUCUCAGCUUUAUAAGGUACUUUCCAUUAUCAUUGGCUGUAUAGAAGUCAGUACCUUUGUCGUUGUUAUUUUGCUGGAAGUAAAUAGCUAUCAUUCUGAGCA